GCCCCCAAACGGUCACCCGUUUUACGCUUCGCUGCCGCUGCGGCUGCGCCACACCGAACCCCUCCCCUCGCCGUCGCGGCUCGGCUCCGCCCCGAUCGAUCGAUCCGGCCGGCGGAGGGCGCCAUGGCCUCCCCCAACCCCGAGGCGGCCGCGGGGCUGCAGACCGUGGCUGUGGCGGCGGGGGGAGGGGAGGGCGGCUCGUCCUCAUCGCUCGGCGCCGUUGCGGGGGCGGCGGCUGUGUCGUCGUCCGGGGAGCUAGUGCCCAGGAGGUCCUUGGCGGUGCGGAAGGAGCGCGUGUGCACGGCCAAGGAGCGCAUCAGCCGCAUGCCUCCCUGUGCCGCGGGGAAGCGGAGCUCCAUCUACCGCGGGGUCACCCGGCAUAGGUGGACAGGUCGAUAUGAGGCUCACCUUUGGGACAAAAGCACUUGGAAUCAGAAUCAGAACAAAAAGGGGAAACAAGUAUAUUUAGGCGCAUAUGAUGACGAAGAGGCUGCAGCAAGGGCCUAUGACCUUGCUGCAUUAAAAUACUGGGGAGCUGGAACACAAAUAAAUUUUCCAGUCUCUGACUAUGCAAGAGACCUUGAAGAGAUGCAAAUGAUCUCCAAGGAGGACUAUCUCGUGUCUCUUAGGAGAAAGAGCAGUGCCUUCUACAGGGGGUUACCAAAAUAUCGUGGGCUUCUUAGGCAACUUCAUAAUUCCAGAUGGGAUACCUCUUUGGGACUUGGCAAUGACUACAUGAGCCUUAGUUGUGGCAAGGAUAUCAUGUUGGAUGGGAAAUUUGCAGGAAGCUUUGGGUUAGAGAGGAAAAUUGAUCUUACAAAUUACAUCCGGUGGUGGCUACCAAAGAAGACAAGGCAGUCAGAUACAUCUAAAACAGAAGAAAUUGCUGAUGAAAUUCGAGCUAUUGAAAGUUCAAUGCAACAGACUGAACCCUAUAAGUUGCCUUCUCUUGGCCUCGGCUCGCCAUCAAAGCCCUCUUCAGUGGGUUUAUCAGCAUGCAGCAUAUUAUCUCAGUCUGAUGCCUUUAAAAGCUUCUUGGAGAAGUCUACAAAAUUAUCUGAAGAAUGUACUCUUAGCAAAGAAAUUGUAGAAGGAAAGACUGUUGCCUCAGUACCUGCUACUGGAUAUGAUACAGGGGCAAUUAAUAUUAACAUGAAUGAGUUGCUAGUGCAAAGAUCUACGUAUUCGAUGGCCCCUGUUAUGCCUACACCAAUGAAGACUACCUGGAGCCCUGCUGAUCCUUCCGUGGAUCCACUUUUUUGGAGCAACUUUGUUUUGCCAUCAAGUCAACCUGUUACAAUGGCGACAAUAACAACAACAACGUUUACAAAGAAUGAGGUAAGUUCAAGUGAUCCAUUCCAGAGCCAAGAGUGACUGCACAAGCUUAUUGAAGCAGGAUAUUUUAGAUUGGUCGAAGGCAACAUCCUGUGCGUCAACUAGAUUCUUUUUGUCCAGCUUUUGAUGUCGCGACUUGUGAGCAAUACUCCUUGUUUAUCCAUACUUCAUAGGACAUGAAUAGAAGGUAAGACAAGUGCAAGCAUAGUUAUGUAAUAUACAGUGGCUAGCUGCCAGAAAAUGAGAUUUAGUUGUAAAGCUGUCUGUACAUAUUGAGACGGUUAUUUCAGUUAAGGCUCAACAGAUUUGAGGAAAAUAUCCAACGAAAUGGUGCAGCUUAAUUGCUAAUUUAGUUAUUUUGUACA